GGGAGACCGGGACUCGCCGCCUUUGUUUCCGUGGGAUCCAAGAUUCUGGGCUUCCGGGCUCCAGAACUGUUCGUCUGCAGGUUCGAACGCUUGUCAGCUGAAUUUCGGUACACUGCGAAGGAGUCGUCUGUGGGCGUGAGCAACUGACGAUUGCACUGGACUCCUGAAGGAGUGGGGGCCGAUAGCUGACCGCGAAUUACUCGAACACUGGACUGCGAAAAAGGAAUUUGUUCUGGAGGAAAUUGGAUAGCUCGGGAGCUCGAUGGCGAUGGCCAGCAGCGCUCUGUCGCUGACAUGGAAAUGGCGCCGCCCAGCUCCUGAUUUUGUGCAGAAUGGACAAAAGUUUCUCCAACGACACUCUUCAAAUUUUAAAUCUGGAGCGCAGUCAAAGAACCAAAGGCCGGGGUUUGGCUCAGACUUUUUAAGGGUGACAGUUAGGCACUCUAUUCGUCCUUCUGCAAAUACAAGACUACCUCAGAGAUUGAGAGUCUUCACAACCGUAGCUCAGGGGGAAAAUGGAGCUAAGAACGGUGUAGGAGUAUCCAAAGGAGACCAGCUUUUACGGUGCAUCUCCUAUGAUGCUGAGGUCUCUAUUCUCACACUUGUGGCAACAGACGUCGUACGAGAAGCUCAACGCCGUCACCAAACUUCUCCAACGGCUUCGGCAGCCUUAGGUCGAGCUUUGAUGGGAACUCUUCUUGUGGGUGCCAUGAAGGGAAACGAUGAAUCUGUUCAGGUGACGUUUUUGGGACAAGGACCGUUAGGGCAGAUGACGACUGUCUACCGGGAUAACAUGGUGAAGGGAUUCGUUGUCAACCCUGAUUGUGAAACUGCUCUGAAAUCGGAUGGAAAACUUGAUGUAGGAUCAGCUGUGGGAACUGGUAUAUUAACUGUAGUGCGAAACAACGCAAAUUGGGCACAACCUUAUUCUGGAACUGUGCCUAUUUAUUCCGGAGAAGUUGCAGAAGAUAUCGCCCAUUAUUUAGCGGACAGUGAGCAGAUUAAUGUUGCCCUUGGAGUAGGUGUUUCUCUUAGUAAAAGCACAGCGGUUCAGUUCGCUGGGGGAUUCUUAGUACAGGUGCUGCCAUUCUGUUCCGAUGAAACUCUAGCAAAGUUGGAGGAGAAUAUCCUAAAAAUGCCGCCUCUCUCUGAUUCCAGCGAUGUCAUGACAGCAAAAAAAAUUUCAGAGCUUUUACUUGAAGGCAUUGGUAUCGGAGAUUAUGAUGACUUGCCCGAACCCAAAUUUGGACCCUGUACUGUCGAAGAAUUAAAGCCUCGCAUGGUGCGCGCCGUAGCUUCUCUGGGUAAACAGGACGUGGAGGAAAUACUCGCAGAGCAAGGUCACGUGGAGGUCAAGUGUGAGUUUUGUGCUGAGGUAGUCCGCUUCGGUGAAGCUGAUCUUCAGCACAUUUUACAACCGUCAAGCCAGUGAGCGCCAACAUUUUAGCUCAUUCUCGAAGGCUGAUUCAAGAGGUAGUGACCGUUGCUCAUUCUACGACGAGAGCUUUGUUGUAAACUUGUCGUUCAGCACCAGGACUUCGAGAAUCUGCUCGCUCCUCUGCAAAGGAAAGUUGCGGAGUCUAAAGGGGACAAAGCAGCUGCACUGCUAUGCUAUCUGGCCAUAAGCCAGAACUAUGUUCUCUGCCAGCCUGCAAGGUUUCGGAUUUUCCUUGCAGUGCCCUUGUACGACACUCAAUUCCUCUGUAUUGUCCUCUCACAUAUUGCCCUCUUUCGGGUUCGUUUACUGGCUUCCUUUCUGGAAAUGUCGUCCGUGCGCAGAACAGGCUGCAUGCCCAGAAGAAAGAAUGUCGCAAGUUUAUUGCCGACCGAAUGGCGUAAACCCUCUGAAGAUGCUUACGCGUUGAAAGUGUCAUUAGAACCGAAGGGAGGUCAUUUGUAGGAAUGUUACUGAGGACAUCAGUGCUGUUUGUGCAACGACUUCGUAAUGUGGACAUGAGAAUCAAUGAGUAGUAAGACGGAGAGAUCUUAGAUUAAUCGUAGCGGAGAAAAAAGUAGAAUCGGACAAAACUUCAUUCAUGACUCAAAAUUUGAGAAAAUGGUCAAGUGCCACCAACUGGAUAUUUCACUGUACGCGUAUUUCACAGUAUUUCAGGAAUCCAAACUAGCUUGUGCUAGCUGUCUAUCAAGUUGGUGACGUGAACUAGUCCAGCGCGUUAAUGAAGGCUCAGUGACAACAGUCAGCCAAGGAUAACUAUGGGCUAGAUUUCAUGGCUUUUCCAGUAGUGUAAUUUGUCUCGUCCCUGGCCGCAGUUCUUUACGCCGAAGGUAGCAACGGGAAGAAAGAUGAACAACUAAAAGCGCUUCAUACAGUUACAAGCCAGAACAGAAGAAGCGUGCCGGUCGAUUAUGAACACUUCCUCGUUGUACUUCCUCAGCAUAUUUGC